AUGAAGCCAUUCGGAUUCAGCUUAAGCUUCGGCUUCAGCUUCAGCCUCGCCGUGGCCACGUUUGCGGAUCAACUCAAACUCAGCCUCGCGCAUCCUCCAGAGCCAGACCAACAACAUCUUCAGCUCGAUUGCACACACCCUGCAUACAAAAUCCACUUUCUCUCCCGAGAUCCUAUAGUCGUAUACAUUGAGAACUUUCUCACUCCUUUCGAACGCGACCAUCUUCUCAAGACAAGCGGCUCGUCCUUCAUAAACUCCCAAACCGCCGACCAAGACGGCACCGAGACACUCCGAAGCACACGACGCUCCAAGUCCGCCACGGUCACCCGCGAUGCCGUUACAAGGUGCAUAGAAGAGCGCGCCUUGAUCUUCCAGGGGUUCGACACUCCGCCGUCACACCUCGAACCACUCCAACUUGUGCGCUACCACGUCAAUGAGACCUACGACCUGCACACCGACUGGUUCACGUCGCCGGCCCAAGCCACGACGGCGCACGGUGGGAACCGUCUGACAAGCUUCUUCGCGUACGUGACAGCGAGUGCCGACAUUUCGGGCGGCGGCACGAACUUCCCGCUUCUCGAUCCGCCCGCGGACGAGCGCUGGUGUGAGUACAUAGACUGCGACGUGCCGCUCGAGGACGGCGUGACAUUUCUCCCGGUCCCAGGCAACGCUGUUUUUUGGGUGAACCUGGUUGGUGGAAAGGGUGACCCGAGAAACAUCCACUCUGGGGUUGUGGUGACAUCUGGGGAGAAGGUUGGCUUGAACAUAUGGACUAGGGAGGGUCCGUUGAGUCCCAGGUUCAGAGGCGAGGAUGUUGACGACGACGAGGGAUAUUGA